GGGGUGGGAUCACGUCGCAGGGAACAGCAGGAAGUCACUUACUCCCAACAUCUCAAGCGUUCUGCACCUUGGAUAGGUCAGCUGGCUUUAUCAGGAUCUUGAAUGCUGUCGUUGACCUUGCUGAUGGAAGAAGAAAACAGUGAUCGUACGGUGGACCAGGCAAAGAUGCUUUCUGCAUAUGGCCUCUCCUUCAGCUGUAUCCCCGUCUCAGGGAAUCAUGUGGAUUGUUACAAUGAAGAGGCCCAUGGUGAAAUUGGAAGUGAUGGGAAGAGCUGCAGUUCCCUGCCAUCUUUGGGGGUUCAUCAGCACAGUCCAACCAAGAGUAGCCCAUUCACCUGCUCCGUAUGUGGAAAGGUAUUUGCUUAUCUGUCCCAUUUGCAGGCACACCAGCUUGUUCACUCAGAGGAAAGACCAUUUCAGUGUUCCGACUGUAGGAAGACCUUUAAAAGCUCCCGGGAUCUGAUGAGGCAUAAGAUGGCUCACACGGAGGAGAGGCCAUUUCAAUGUUCUGACUGUGGCAAGUGUUUUAAAAGCUUCCAGGAACUGCGGCGACACCGGCACCUGCACAGUGGGCUGAGGCCGUUCACUUGCUCCGUGUGUGGGAAAGCAUUCGCUCGGUCCUUCAACCUGCUGGCACACCAGAGAGUUCACACCGGGGAGAAGCCGUUCAUCUGCUCCAUUUGUGGGAAGGGCUACAGUCGGCUAACCCACCUGGUGAAGCAUAAGCAAAUCCACAGUGAAGAGAGACCUCUUAGAUGCUCUGACUGUGGGAUGAGCUUUAAUAGCUCCCAGAAGUUGAAGGGGCACCAGCGUGAGCACACCGGAGAACAGACAUUCAUCUGCUCUGUGUGCGGGAAGGGGUUCACACGAUCAUCCGCUCUGCUGACACACCAGCGAGUUCACCUGGAUGAGAGACCCUUUAAGUGUUCCGAAUGUGGGGAGACGUUCAGAACCUUCAAGUGUUUGAAAAGGCACCAACAUAGUCACACAGGCAAAAGCCCGUUCACAUGCCCCGAGUGUGGGAAGGGAUUUGCUCAGUCAACACCUCUGAUGAUACACCAGCGAGUUCACACCGGGGAGAGGCCAUUCACCUGCUCUGUGUGCGGGAAGGGAUUCACGCAGUCGUCCAACCUGCGGACACACCAGCGGGUCCACACUGGGGAGAAGCCGUUCAGCUGCUCUGAGUGCGGGAAGGUGUUUGCUCGGUCGUCUAACCUGCUGAUGCACCAACGGGUUCACACGGCCGAAAGACCGUUCAAAUGCCCGGACUGUGGGAAGGGCUUUAAAAGGCAGUGGCUGUUGGUGACACACCAGCGGGUUCACUCGGGUGAGAGGCCAUUCAUUUGCACCUUGUGUGGGAAAGGCUUCGCUCAGUCAUCGACCCUGCAGAGCCACCGGCGUGUUCACAUGACUACGCCAUUCAAGUGUUCUGAUUGUGGUAAGAGCUUUAAAAGAGCCAGAAACCUGGUAAAGCAUCAGUUAUCUCACACUGCACACAGACCGAUGUCUGGAAUGAAGUGAAGGCUUUCGGUAUCGUGUGCUGCUGCUUAAACUGUCACACUGUUGUGCUGAUGAUUUCCUUUAUUUGAUCCUUGCUUGUUGAUCAAUGAAGUAGUUCAAAUAUAUAACAUUGAAAGAGGAGGUUUGACCCAACUGAAUUCGAGUCCUAAGUGGUCUCCAGUGCAGAAGAAGGCCCUUCAGUCGAUUGAGUAUGCACCAGUCAAAAUCAAGCGCCUAACUGUUUGAAUCCUUUUGUUCAGCACUUGGCCCAUCGCCUUGUCUGCCUUGGCUUUGCAAGUGUACAUCUAAAUAGUUCUUCAAAUGUUUCUGCCUCUCCCACCCUUUACAGGCACUGAGUUCAAGAUUCCUCCCAACCUCUGGGUGAAAAUCACAAGAGCGGCGCUCCGAAAGAUAGUGUGCUUCCAAUUAAACCUGUUGGAUGAUAACCUGGUGUUGCGUGAUUUGUAACUUUGUACACCCCAGUCCAACACCAGCAUCUCCAAAUCAUCACCUCGAAACCUUCUUUUCCUGACGUUAAAUCUGUACCCCAGACAUUGAUCCCUCCACCUCGUGAAGAAGUUUCUUCUUGUCUGCCUGUCUAUGUCUGUCACAAUUGUAUACAUCUCAGUCAUGUCCCCUCUCAUUCUGCUGUACUCCAAAGAAAGCAACUCUAGUCUAUUUAACCUCUCUUCAUUAUUAAAACUCUCCAGCCCUGGCAAUAUCCUUGAAAUUCCCUGUUCAUGCUGCAAAAAAAGCCUCCACCCUCCCCCCGCCAACUUCAAUCCAUCAUUACAUCUUCUUAUUCAUUUCACUCCCUCCUUCCUCCUCAAACCCAACUAUGUUAACCUCUGCACCACUCCCUGGGAUAGCAUGUUCUACACAUUUUCACCUAGAAUCUCACCUAAUGAGAUUCUGUGGAGCUGACCAGUGUGUUUCAGUAGUUCUUUUUCUGACACUGAAGCGUAUUUGUAUUCACGGGCAACGUGCCAGACAAUUACAGAUUCAAUAUAUGAGUGCAAACCCAACAAUGAUCUUGCAGACUGCGUAGCUGUGUCAACUGGAUAGGCUCGUAGUUAUAAUCCCAGACCGAGAUGAAAUUUUACAACCACCCCCUUCCUUCUCCACCCCUUAAAAAAAAGAACAUGACCACAGAUGGUAGGCAACAGAUGAGCCCAAAUACUCCCAUGUUUUGAGCCGGGUCUGAGCUUUUUCAUCAGAACAGUCCACUUCAGCUCUGAUCAACUGAAACAGACUCGAGACAUGAAGGGCAUGGAUAGGAUAAGUUGACAUAGUCUUUUCCCUGGGGUGGGGGAGUCCAGAACUAGAGGGCAUAGGUUUAGGGUGAGAGGGGAACGAUAUAAAAGGGACCUAAGGGGCAAUAUUUUCACGCAGAGAGGUAAUGUGUGUAUGGAAUGAGCUGCUAGAGGAGGCUAGUACAAUCGCAACAUUUAAAAGGCAUCUGGAUGGUUAUAUGAAUAGGAAGGGUUUGGAGAGAAAUGGGCCAGGUGCUGGCAAGUGGGACUAGAUUGGGUUGGGAUAUCUGGUCGGCAUGGACUGGUUGGACCGAAGGAUCUGUUUCUGUGCAGCACAUCUCUGUGACUCUAUGACUCUAAGUGUGUAUGAAUACAGUGUACUUCCAAAUAUUCUAAA